GAAGCGUUUUAAAAUCACCGUUGAAUUAGAAAUCUCUGCUCAAAUCUGGCAACCCGGAACUCGCAUGGAGAUAAUGAUGUAAAGACCCACUCCCCCUUGUGAUGCUGAUGAUGCUGAUGAUGAUCGGUGGAGAUCUGAGGGGGGGUUAAGGUGGAUGUGGACACACAGGAGCGCAUUUAGGAGGAGUCUCCACUUCCUCGCGUCUCACUUUUGAUGAAGUGAAGAUUCGCGCUUCACAUGACACACACGUAAGAGAACAAGAUUGCGCGUCUGAGUUCAGUCUGCGGGGAUAAAAAAAAGAGCAAUAAACUAUGGACAGAAGGACGAACUUUGGGGACGUUUUACACAAAACCCUGAGCGUCUCGGGGAAAAAGAUGGACUCGUUGCGCGCUCCGGGUUCCGAGGCACCGUGCAGAGAGCGCCAGUCGCCGCUCAGAGCUUUCGAUCCGUCCGACUCGGACCCACUUCAGGCUGUCGGAGGAGGAGUGGGGUCUCUCGGUCUCGCUGGUGGAUCCAUGCGGGCGCCGUACGGCGUUGGAGGCGAAGGCGCGAGCGGACAGAGCAGCGGCGGAGAGCAGAGCCCGGACGACGACAGCGACGGCCGGUGCGAGAUGAUGCUCCUGGCGACGGCUCGAGACGCGAGGACGACUUCAUCAGCGGCGGGUGGGUCGAGCGCAAAGUGCGAAACGGGAAAGAAGAACCGCGAGCAGAAGAUGCUGCGGCUGAACAUCAACGCGCGCGAGCGGAGACGGAUGCACGACCUGAACGACGCGCUGGACGAGCUGCGAGCGGUCAUCCCUUAUGCGCACAGCCCGUCCGUGCGCAAGCUCUCCAAGAUCGCCACGCUGCUCCUCGCCAAGAACUACAUCCUCAUGCAGGCGCAGGCGCUGGAGGAGAUGAGACGGCUCGUGUCGUACCUGAACCAGGGCCAGCCCGUGUCGCUUGCACCGAGCCUGAGCGCGUACGAGCAGUCGCCCGGGUACCCCGCAUUCCCCACCGGAGCCGCCGCGGCCUCCUCGUGCCCUGACAAAUGUGCCCUUUUCAACAGCGUCACCUCCAGUCUGUGUAAACAGUGUACCGACAAGCCUUAAAACACACACACACAUACACACACACACACACACACACACACCUUCUGUGAGACUGAAACUGAAACGCCUGUAGGCUGCAUUUCUUCAUAUAUCCAAGAACGGAUAGAAAAGAAUUCUCAACUUUUCUUACAUCGCCUAGGAUUUCAGCAGAUGUGCCGCAGAUCCAGCAGUUUGUUCGUUUCUUUUCUUUUUUCUUUCUUUUAGAUAUCUCUGAUAUCUCUCUGUGUGUGAAGUGUGUGCGCGUGGCGUGUUUGCGCGCGCCUGUAUGUAUGUAAAUAUAAAAGUGAGUAAGUGCUGGUGCGAGUGAACGAAAAGCAAAACAAAAGUCUAUGUGUGAGUGUUGAGAAUGGACACUUUAUGGAAAUAUGGACCCUAAAUAUGGACACAGUGAGCUGUUCCGACCUGGCAACAUGUGAGCAUUACUUUUCCUUUGCCUGCCUCCUUUUAUUUUGGGAUCUCUUGCUUAAUAGUUGCAAUAAUAAUAAUAAUAAUAAUAAUAAUAAUAAUAAUAAUCUAUGCUAUUUCGGUUAGGAAUUUCGCCUCCAUGUUUGCGUUUGGUGAUAAAUAACAAGUAGCAUUUAUGACUUGGGAAAGCAAAGGAAUGGAAAUGAUGGACUUUUCUUUGUCACAGCUGAUUUCUAACCUUCCCUCUGCAGCCUUGUUUGAGUCGCUGAAGUUGACUUUGGUUUGAAUUUCCAGGUUCGCAUGCGUGAUUGAAGUGUGUUCGCUGUACACCUGGCUUUUAUUUCUUUUCCCUUUCUGGUGUAUUCUUUUCUCCCACUCUCAUGCAGCAGGCUGUGAAUGAGAUUUCGGCUUGGGCUUGUUGUCAGGUCAUCAUGGUGAGCACUGCAGAUACAUCCGGUUCACUUUGACUAUACACAGGGCCAUUUGUAUAUGUUGAUGUCCUGGAAAAAAAAGAAGCUUUAUUAAAAUAUUUUGAUCAAACUUA